AUGAAAAAGUGCAGGUGGGUCCGGCUGCGCUCCAUAAAUAGCUCGAACAACGAGCUCGUCCUCUGUCGCUCAGAUCAGACCAUGUUUGGCUUCACGGACUGUAACAUCAGCCCACCCAUUCCGUUUCCUUCCCCUGCGACUUGUUCCUUCAUCCAUACGACCCCUCAUCCAUUCAUCCAUUCAACCCCUCAUUCCUUCAUCCAUACGACCCCUCAUCAUCCCUUCAUCCAUACGACCCCUCAUCCCUUCAUCCAUUCGACCCCUCAUCCCUUCAUCCAUUCAACCCCUCAUCCCUUCAUCCAUACUACCCCUCAUCCCUUCAUCCAUUCAACCCCUCAUCCCUUCAUCCAUACGACCCCUCAUUCCUUCAUCCAUUCAACCCCUCAUUCCUUCAUCCAUACGACCCCUCAUCCCUUCAUCCAUAUGACCCCUCAUCCCUUCAUCCAUACGACCCCUCAUUCCUUCAUCUAUACGACCCCUCAUUCCUUCAUCCAUACGACCCCUCAUCCCUUCAUCCAUUCAACCCCUCAUCCCUUCAUCCAUACGACCCCUCAUUCCUUCAUCCAUACGACCCCUCAUCCCUUCAUCCAUUCAAUCCCUCAUCCCUUCAUCCAUACGACCCCUCAUUCCUUCAUCCAUACGACCCCUCAUCCCUUCAUCCAUUCGACCCCUCAUCCCUUCAUCCAUUCAACCCCUCAUCCCUUCAUCCAUACUACCCCUCAUCCCUUCAUCCAUUCAACCCCUCAUCCCUUCAUCCAUACGACCCCUCAUUCCUUCAUCCAUACUACCACUCAUCCAUUCGUCCCUUCAACCCCUAAUUCCUUCUUCCCUUCGACCACUCCUUUGUCCCACGACACUUCAUCCCUUCAUCCCCUCAUCCCGUCAUCCCUUCAUCCUUUCACCUCAUCAUUCCUUCGACCACUCAUCUGGUUAAUUUCAGACAAAAUAAAGAGCUGA